AUGAAUCGAUACACACUCAUACCUCUAUACCAUCGACAAGAUCUCAAUCAGAAGUGUAUUGAUCUGUUGAACCAGGAAUGGCCUCGUAGCGAUGGUGCACGUGAACAUUCACAGGCCAAGUCAUGCCGUCUCACUCCGCCGUUGUCGUUUCUUUUCGUAGAAAACAGUACUGAUAGACUGAUCGGCCAUGCACGGAUAUGUCUCCUUCCAAACAGGCCAACCGCAUGCUGGAUUGAGUCGGUGAUCAUAGAAAAAGAUUGUCGUGGACUUGGUCUAGGAAAACUGCUGAUGUCAUGCCUGGAGGACGCAGCAAUGAAAUUUGGAUUUGACGAGGCCUACCUGUGCACUGAUGAUCAAGUGAUUUUCUACGAAAAGUGUGGAUACAAAAAAUGCGACCCGAUUCUCCACUCUACAACGGCCACAUCCGUUUUUCCUGUGUCAAAGCUGAAGGUAACUGUAACGAUCCACCACAGAAAAAAGCAAUCGAAAGCUCGACCAGAGAAGCCUGUGCAGGAGUGUGAGGGUGAAGAAGCUUCACAAACUCCGGAGCAACCUGCAGCACAACUGGUGACAGCGACUUCUGCUUCGCCACCACCUGCUUCGCACAUCUUGUCGCCACCUCCACCUCCACCCCAAACCUCUUCAGAAAAAAGCCCCAGUGGCUCCGGUAUCAACCGCAGAUCAUCAAUAUAUGUGGAAGAAAUUGGUGUAAUAGCU